GAAGAACUCUGGAUUAGACAGUCCUCCGCUCUCUCGGCAAAACAAAACGUUGAUGUUAGAAGUGGGAUUCGAACCUACGCCUCCAGAGGAGACUGCGACCUGAACGCAGCGCCUUAGACCGCUCGGCCAUCCUGACAAGAUACGUACAAAUAAUAGAACAACAUCUUGUUCUAAAUUAUUACCAUGCUUACUUCCUGAGUUCACAGCCUGCUGUAGUGUCAUACUAAGUAAGUGGCUCUAUUUAUCUACAGCCAGGACAGAUCAUUGUGUUUGUCAUUGCUAUCCUAACUCCGAAUUCACUCAAUAACAAAGAGCUACCUACCUAUCAUAGUUGUUUCAGACAUGGAUAUGACAUGAAACAAAAGUCAACAUUUCCGUUUUAUUGACAGGAGUCCAACUCAGCGUCGACUGCAGCCUUCUGUUCGACUCAAGUCCCUCCCACCGAGACAUAUACCGAACAAGCUUCAGGUUUCACGAGGGAGGGAAAACAAAAAGAAAACAAACCUAGGAAACCCCAGAACCAGAGAGCUGUCUCUUAUAACUCUGUACCAUGAGGUGGUCUUCUCUCCUCCUGCUCUCCUUCCUCUCUGGUGCGAUGGUGGUUCAGGGGGGUUCGGACUUUAGAGUCUGUGCCUUCAACCUCCAUCACUUUGGGGAUUCCAAGUCUAAGAAGAGCACUGUCAUGCACACUCUUACCAGGAUCAUCGCUCGCUGUGAUGUGUGUUUGCUUCAGGAAGUGAGAGAUAGUAAAGAGAAGGCUUUACCAAUGCUGCUUACAAGCCUCAACAGCUAUGAUGCCAAACAUAAGUACGAUGCUGUGGCCAGUGAGAGGCUGGGCAGAUCUGAAUCAUACCAGGAGCAGUACGUGUUUGUUUACAGGACUGAUACAGUGAGUCUCACUGACCAGUAUCAGUAUCCCGAUGAUCGACCAGGAGAUGUUGAUGCUUUCUCCAGAGAACCUUUUGUUGUCCGCUUCAAAGCCCCCAAGACAACUAUAAAGGAGUUUGUCCUCAUACCCCAGCACACCACUCCAGUCAACACCACUAAGGAGCUUGAUGCAUUGUAUGAUGUCUUACAACAUGUGAAAAAGAUGUGGAAAACUGAGAAUGUGAUGCUUCUUGGUGACUUCAACGCUGACUGCGGCUACCUCGCUAAGAAGAACAGGAAGAAUGUGCGUCUGAUUACAGACACAGAUCUCGUUUGGCUCAUCGAAGAUAAAACUGACACCACCGUGCGAUCGACAACCUCCUGCACCUACGACAGGAUUGUUGUGCAUGGGGCAGCAUUUACAAGAGAAAUUGUGCCUCUUUCCGCCAAACCAUAUAACUUCCAAACAGAAUACAGACUCACAGAGGAGCAGGCGCUGGAAGUCAGUGAUCACUACCCAGUGGAAGUUCUGCUGAAGGUCGUCAAGUCAAGAUUCCCUUUCAAUGAUGCAACUUCUCUAACCAGCACAAAGCUCCUCUCUUUGUUUGUCAUCAGCCAUCUUGUCUCUCAAGUGUUCACAUGACAACUGAACAAAUACCCUUUGCAGCUUUGUUUUUUAAGACAAUCUCAGAACAGAUUUCUUCAUGGACUGAUGAGAACUGUAUAAUUAUCAAAUGUGUAGACGUGCCAAACAUUAGCACGUUAAAACUCCACAGAAAUGGCCCUCCAGGUUUCAAAUUCAGGGUUAGAAAAUAAUAAAAACUGGAAAUUUACACGCUUCACUUACUUGAGUUUAAAUAUUCAUCUAAAAAAAAAUGAGCCAAAGAUUUGUGUGAUAUGAUGUUGCGAAAGCCAUCAGCAUUGAGAAUGGAACCCAGUUUUGACACGUUGAACCAAAUUUAGCAGGCCAUCUCGUCAGCCUCAGGUUGCCAGACACAGUUUCUGGAGGAGAAGUUGUGUUUACCUCCAGAUACUCUUUUGGACCCACCAACAACUACCCCGGGUACUCAACAACACAUACAACGCAGCGGCGGUUGUCACUUCAGCCAGCAGUCCUCUCCUCUCUUCCAGAGUGGAAUGGGCAAAUAUCUUUUAGAUGGUGUUUACUCAUGUUGCUCACAUGAGUCAAACAAGUUAACGCAAAAGACAGCACGUUCACACAUGUACAAAUAUGCAAGCGAGGAGGCGACAAAGCACUCUUAUUAAAUGUUGAUGUCUUAUGAAUUGAAUAAACAAAGCACUUUUUAAAUAC